CCCUCCCCUCCCUGCUUUCACUCCCAGCCACCUUUCCCUUUCCUGUUCAUUCAGAACAGAUGAUGCUCCUGAUCACAUGUGUACAGCUCCUCUCCCUCCUCCCUUCCCCAGCCCUUUAAGUAGCUUUAUUACACGGAGAAAUCAUUUGUACUACACACAGCGAGAGAGGGGGAGCAGGCAAAGGGAGGGAGAUUUAACAGGCAACAGCACGGUGGUGUGGAAGGACCGGGGAUCUGAGAAGCAUGGCAGCUCUGUCAAAGCCAGCAAAAGCCAAGGGACAGCUAGGGGCAGAAGGGGUGUGCACUUAAAUCCAGAGCACAGCAUAAAUGUGCAGCAAUACCUGGGAGGAGGCAGUAGGGAGAGCCUGGGAGAAGACCCCAAUUCUGUGGUGAUGGCAUGGACCAGACGCCCUUCCAGUGACUGUUUUUACCUUCCUCCCAGUCCUGUCUCCACCGGGACCCCACAAAUCACAAGGGAAGAGGACUGAUGCAGAGCCAUUAUUAGCAACCCAACCAUGGCUGGAGAUUCUAGGAUCUUCAUGGACCAGGACAUGGAAAUUGGAGUCACACCCAGGGACCCCAAAAAGAUUCCCAAACAGGCGCGGGACUACGUUCCUAUCGCCACUGACCGAACCCGUCUGCUGGCAGCAGAAAUCAAGAAGCCGCGCCAGCGUUAUAUGGAGAAGAGCGGCAAGUGCAAUGUGCACCAUGGAAAUGUUCACGAAACCUACCGCUACCUGAGCGACCUCUUCACUACUCUGGUGGACCUCAAGUGGCGCUUUAACCUCCUCGUCUUUACCAUGGUCUAUACUGUCACGUGGUUGUUUUUUGGAUUCAUCUGGUGGCUUAUCGCCUACAUCCGGGGAGAUCUGGACCAUCUUGAAGAUGAGAACUGGAUCCCUUGUGUUGAAAAUCUCAGUGGAUUUGUCUCUGCAUUUCUGUUUUCCAUUGAGACCGAGACCACAAUUGGGUACGGCUACAGGGUUAUCACUGAAAAGUGCCCCGAGGGCAUUAUACUGCUCCUGGUUCAGGCUAUUCUAGGCUCCAUUGUCAAUGCAUUCAUGGUAGGGUGUAUGUUUGUCAAAAUCAGCCAACCAAAGAAGAGGGCCGAGACCCUCAUGUUUUCCAACAAUGCUGUGAUUUCCAUGAGGGAUGAGAAGCUCUGUCUAAUGUUCCGGGUUGGGGAUCUCCGGAAUUCCCACAUCGUUGAGGCUUCCAUUAGAGCCAAGCUGAUCAAGUCCAAACAGACCAAAGAAGGGGAGUUCAUCCCCUUGAACCAAACGGACAUCAACGUGGGCUUUGAUACCGGGGACGACAGGCUAUUCCUGGUGUCACCGCUCAUCAUCUCGCAUGAAAUUAACGAGAAGAGCCCCUUCUGGGAGAUGUCCCGGGCCCAGCUGGAGAAGGAGGAGUUUGAAAUUGUGGUCAUCUUGGAAGGAAUGGUCGAAGCAACAGGGAUGACCUGCCAGGCCCGGAGCUCAUACAUGGACACGGAGGUGCUUUGGGGACAUCGCUUCACUCCUGUCCUCACCCUCGAGAAAGACUUUUACGAAGUCGACUACAACAGCUUCCACAGCACCUACGAAACCAACACUCCCGCCUGCUCUGCCAAGGAGCUGUCCGCAUCGCUCCAGGAGGGCCGGCUGCUCAGACACCUCUCCAGUGCCACACUACUGAGUGGGGGCGGGGAAGUAGAGCCGGCAAAAGAGGAAGAAGAGCAGGAAGAGGAAGGAAGGGAGGUGGCUGGGCUGAAUGGAGCCAAUGGAACAGCAGGAGAGGUGAAGGCAGACAUGUCUGUAUAACACAGGGAUCUGUGGUGGACAAUACACAAUUCGUAUGCCCCCAAGAGGAGAAACAAGGGGGUCCAAUGGUUAGGGUUACCACCCUAGUAACUCAGAGCUGGGUUCUAUUCGCGCUCUGCAGUCCACCUUUGAGUGACCUUGGACAACACACCCCAUAGCCCUGUGCCUCAGUUUCUCCCAUCUGUUUACACCGGGGAAUGGUACUUUGUGCACAUUCACAAAGCAUUUUAAGGUCUAUGGACAAGACAUGCUAGAUAAGAGCUGUUGUUACUGUUGAAGUUCCCCCACAGAUGUUUCUGGAAGAGACUCCUGGGUUGGUCAAAUUUAUUUCCCUUUUAAGGGGUAUUUAAAAAGAG